UCACUAAAUAGAGUAAACACUAAUAAUGGAGAAGCAACAAAAAUACUUGCUCCUCACAAAGUUGAACUUCUUUUUUCUUGUACCGUUAAUUUUUCAUGGCAUAAUUGUCCAUGGCUUCCAAAUGGAUAAUCAGGCACGUACGUUAAUGUCGUGGCGUCGUUCCAAAAUGCGUUCUCGGACAACUAAUUCUGAGGAUGAGACAUGGUCGACAGAAAACUUGGUAUUUGAUUCUGUUGAAGAACAACAACAUGUUGGAAAUAUGGAGGAUGAUUUGAUUAAAGGGGGUCUUCCAGGGCAACCAACAUCAAGUGUGAAGUUUAAGCAGUACGCAGGUUAUGUUAAUGUUGAUGAAAAGCAUGGGAGAAGCCUUUUCUAUUACUUUGCUGAAUCUGCUUCUGGAAAUGCUUCUUCAAAACCACUUAUUCUUUGGCUAAAUGGAGGUCCAGGAUGUUCAUCAUUAGGAUAUGGGGGCCUGCUAGAACUUGGGCCUUUUGGUGUAAAUCCUGAUGGUAAAACCCUUUAUUCCAGAAGAUUUGCUUGGAACAAAGUUGCAAAUGUAAUGUUCCUGGAGUCACCAGCAGGGGUUGGCUUCUCCUAUUCCAACACUACCUCCGAUUAUGCACUCUCAGGCGACAAGAGGACUGCUGAAGAUGCAUAUAGGUUUCUAGUGAAUUGGUUCAAGAGGUUUCCACAUUACAAAGGCAGGGAUUUCUACAUCAUGGGAGAAAGCUAUGCAGGAUUCUACGUUCCAGAGUUAGCAGACAUCAUUGUCAAGAGGAACAAGCUACCCACCACAAACUUCAAGAUCGAAUUCAAAGGAGUCAUGAUAGGAAAUGGUAUAAUGAAUGAAGAAACAGACGGUAAAGGGCAAUUGGAUUAUUUAUGGAGCCAUGCACUAAUCUCAGACGAGACUCAUCUAGGUAUCCAACAACACUGCGAAAGCAAAAGCAAAAGCGAAACAGAGAUCAAAACAUGCGAAGAAUUUCAAAUCACAGCCCAAACUGAGUUAGGAAACAUAGACGCUUACAACAUCUAUGCCCCCGUCUGUUCCAUGGCAUCAUCAUCAAGAGUAGGAUUGAAGAAAAAUGGAUAUGAUCCUUGCGUAGAAUAUUAUGUUAGUGAUUAUCUCAAUCUUCCUCAUGUUCAGAAAGCCUUGCAUGCCAACCUCACUAACCUUCCUAAUCCUUGGGAAGCUUGCAGGAAUCUGAAUUGGAAGGAUAGUCCAUCAAGUAUGUUUCCAAUAUACAGGAGACUUAUUGCAUCUGGUCUCCGGAUACUUCUUUUCAGUGGAGAUGUGGAUGCAGUAGUUUCAGUGACUUCAACUCGCUAUAGCAUUAGUGCUAUGAACCUUAAAGUGAUCAAACCUUGGCAUCCUUGGUACGAUGAUACAAACGAAGUUGGUGGCUAUAUGGUGGUGUAUGAUGGAUUAGCUUUCUCAACAGUUAGGGGAGCAGGGCACCAAGUUCCGCAAUUUCAACCACGUCGAGCUUUUGCUUUGUUGAAUAAGUUCUUGGCCAAUCAUUUUUAGGAUUUUAGCAUCUUGACCACAUUGGAAGUGCAUCUACACUCAUCCGUAUAAUUGGGACAUAUUUUAUUAAUCAACUUCUUGUUUUCGUUA